UCAUUUGUCCUGGUAACUCCGGGCAGAUUUUUUUCCCAACGACUAGCCGGGCUCUUCUGCGUCCUGUAACAGCCCGGGCCGACAGCAGCGUGGCUGUUGGUGGACGCAGGUGGCGAGGCGUUUGGAGCGGCUGGCUCAGCAUGCGGUGCGCGGGCCCAGCCGCGAUGGUGGCCUUUUAUGCCGGGCUUUGGGUCUCUAACCUGGGGCCGGUGCUGGGCCAGGAGGCCGGGGCCGACUGUGAAGUAUGUAAAGAAUUCCUGAACCGAUUCUAUAACUCCCUGAUAGCCAGAGGAGUCAACUUUUCCCUGGACACCAUAGAAAAGGAAUUGGUCAGCUUUUGCUUGGAUGUCAAAGGAAAAGAAAACCGCCUGUGCUAUUAUCUGGGAGCGACGAGAGAUGCAGCCACAAAGAUCCUAAGUGAGGUCGCUCGCCCAAUGAGCGUGCAUAUGCCUGCAACAAAGAUUUGUGAGAAGCUUAAGAAGAUGGACAGCCAGAUCUGUGAGCUGAAAUAUGAAAAGCAGCUGGACCUGGCAUCAGUGGACCUCUCAAAGAUGAGAGUAGCGGAGCUGAAACAGAUACUGCGCAGCUGGGGCGAGGAGUGCAGAGCCUGUGCGGAAAAAACCGACUACGUGGAUCUGAUCACAGAACUGGCCCCCAAGUAUGCAGCGGCGCCCCCCAAAUCAGAGCUCUGACCCCUGGGCGCCGCCGACGCGCCCUUGAUGGGAGACACAGUGACUCUCCAGGAUACGGACUUGGGGGUUAGGAGUAACCGGGAGCUGCGCUGUAUGUGGUCUCAUACUUUUCGUUUUGCUAAUACAACCAAUCAAGACUUGCUUACGGGGGUUGUAAUUAAAAUGUAAUAUCAGUGGCAUCUUACAUUUGCAGUGUGAGAAAACCUGAAAGUGCCUUUCUCAUAAUGUUUGGGAGGAUUGUGUGUAUGUCAUCGUCCGUUUCCUUAAAAUUGGGAAACGCGAACGACUGAAAAAUGGAUGAAGUUGAGUCCAAGAAGGAAGACAGUGCCCAGACGUCCCCCCUCUGUGCACUAAUUUUUAAUUAAAUAUAUUGGUUUACGGUAAAAGAACAAUGUUUGGUUUACCUAACUCCCACCUUCAACCCUAAGCAAUAACACGGCAUAAUCAAAAGGCUUUAAAGAGUAAACUGUGUAUUUUCAACUGCA